CAACCUCUUUAAUAAUAUUCUUUAUAACUAUGAAGUGAACUACACUUACGAGACUCGUGGUUCUAAAUAUAUUUUUGUCUUAGAUAAAAUAGUAAUUCAUUAAAAUUAAAUUCACAUAAUUGUGAGAUGCCGGUUCGAAUCCGAGUCACGACGUUCAACUUAAUAAUCUCGAUAUUUUUAUCAGUUGAGCUAGGAUUUAUGAAACUCAUGUUUCUAAAUUUAUAUUAAAAAAAAAAGUGCUAGGGUCACUCAAAUAAUUAUAACAUUCUUUUUAAAUAAUUAUAAGAUAAAUGGUGACAAUUACAUUACAAAAAAAAUCUUAAAAAAAGCUAACUUUAAUUUUUGGAUAAUGGAAAAAAGACAAGUAAAAUGUGGAGUGACCCACUUGGCACUUGCAUUAUCUUGUCCAACAAGAAAAAAUGGAUUUACAAUUAUUUUUUUAAGCACAAAACCACAAGUAAGAAAACGACUCUAACCAAAAAAAUGAACACAAACACAAGUUAAAACCAACGUUGACACAAAAAAAUAAAAAAAUAAAGUGAGAACAAAAAAUGAAUUCCGAUGUUGAUCCCGGCGAAAUCCCUCCAUCGUCGACGACGGCGGAAUCAUCAUCACCGUCAUCAAUCUUAAUCCCUGGUCUUCCAAACGAAGUAUCACGAACAAUUCUCUCAAUGAUUCCUUACGCUCAUCACGCUCGUUUGAAAUCAACUUCAAAAUCAUGGAAAUCAGCACUUUCAUCAAAAUCAUUUCUCAACAAUCUCAUAAAUCAUAACCGUAACAAUCUUAUUUGUAUUUUCCCUCAAGAUCCUUCAAUUCCUAAACCUUAUCUUUUCGACGUUAACGCCGUUGCUUGGUGUCCACUUCCACCUAUGCCAUGUAACCCUCACGUUUACGGUUUAUGUAACUUCGCUGCCGUUCCGUUAGGUUUUCAUAUUUACAUAAUCGGUGGUUCUCAUUUUGAUACUCGUUCUUUUCCGAUUAAUCGUCCUUCGUCUUCUUCGUCGAUGUUUCGUUUCAAUUUGAGGGAUUUUAGUUGGGAGAAUCGUGCUUCUAUGAUUUCGGCACGUGGUAGUUUCGCUUAUGCGGUGAUUCGUUCCUCUGGUGAUAAUUCUGGUAAUAUUGUUGUUGCUGGAGGUGGAUCACGGCAUAUGUUAUUUGGUGCUGCUGGAUCUCGGAUUCGGUUGGUGGAGCGUUAUGAUGUUGUGGCGGAUCGGUGGGAAGAGUUGGAGCCUCUUCCGGGGUUUCGUGCUGGGUGUGUUGGGUUUUUGGAGAGGGAGGAGAGGGAGUUUAGGGUGGUUGGUGGUCAUAGUCGUUCGAGGACUGUUUCGGGGGUUUUUCCGGUGGAUGAGUAUUGUAGGGAUGCAGUUGUGAUGGGAUUGGAGGAUGGUGAGUGGCGUCAGGGUGGUGAUAUGUGGGGUGAUUGGGAGAAUGUUAGGGCUGGGAAGAUGGUUGUUGGUGAUGAUUGUGGUUCUCCUUUGGUUUUCAUGAUUGAUGUGAAUGAGAUUUUCAGAUAUGACAUGUCUUCAAAUCAUUGGGUAUAUGAGUCUCGUGUGCCAGAAAAAGCUCCCCGUGGUUCGACCUUUGGUAUUGUAGUAGUAGCUGGCGAGCUGUAUGUAUUGACACAUUUAUAUGGUGAUGAUUUCACAGAAGCCCGAAGGCCCAGACGCUCUAAGAAGACAGGAACUAUGUGCUUUCAAAUCUAUAAUCCGAAAAAGAAGGCGUGGAGAACACGGGUCACAAAGUCGCCUUUCCCUUGCCAUGUAGAUAUUAAAAGUCCCGCAGUAUUGAGCUCAAUUUAUCUGUGAAUUGUGGUGCAUCUUAUUUGUAUAGUUUAGGCAUCUCUGCCAUAUUCAUUGUGCAGCACAUCAUCUCUAUUCUCUACCAUGCAGGUGGCUUAUUUGUAUAUAUUCAUUUACAUGUUACAUCUCUUGACUUGAUCAGGGUAUAGUUCAUUUUAUAUUAAGCUGAUACAGUAGGAAUUUGCAUAUUGAUCAGCUGUUAUUAAAGUAUGUUAAACUUGAAGUAUUGAACUGUAUUGAAUGUAAAAAUGAUUGUAGCUUGCAUAUUGUUACUUAAUUUUAAACCUUUUUUUUUU